UCUCAAACGACGGAAGGGGGAGGUCGCGUUCCUCCCUUAUCUUGGCGGGAAAAUUGUGACAUUCUUUUUUCGAACUUUCGAACUCGUCUUCUCAUUUCCUCAGUGUUUUUUUUUCUGUAGCGGACUUUUGUGUUUCGGCCUACUUGGUGAUGACAGGUCGAGUGUGAAACCUUUUUGAUAUUCAAUGAAGAUGUAUUUCACAUGGAUUUUGUUCGCCAGCGUUUUAAUUAACUCCUGUACUGGCAUCACAGUUAAUGUACAUAGGAGAGAAGACCACACGCAUAUACUUGGGCAAUACCAAAGUGAUGCGACAUCGUGGUCCCUGGCUCGCGGGAUUAGCGCUGACACCCCGGACUAUCCCGGGAAUUAUGGUAUGGGGGAAAUUGAACGAGUGGAACAGAAUAUUCACAAGUCAAAAUCAAACAAGCAUAGGAAAACAAAUCGUCGACAAGAACAAAUUGAUGGUUUUGCAAGCUAUCAAGUCCAGUUCAUAAGACAUAAAAGGGACCUAGGGUCUGGGAAUAUUAUCCUCACUCAACAUUUUAGUGAAAAAGUUGUUACUCCCGGUGAAGAGAUAAGUCUACAAUGUACAGCUACAGCUGACAGACCACCCAGAUUUAUUUGGGAGAGGGAUGGUGUCGUCAUAUCUUCUAACACAGAUCAGAGGUACACCCUAGGGCAGAUGAUGUCGCCCUCAGGAGUGGGAGUGGUCACCCAGCUGAACAUAUCACGUUCAAGAGUGGAAGAUGGUGGUUUGUACGCGUGUCUGGCCUUUGAGGGAGAAUUCAGCACGGGUCAUGCGGCUAGAGUUGAUGUUUUUGGCCCUCCGUACAUAAGGACGUUACCACCGAUAAAGGUGCAAAGUGGAGAACCUUUGAAGCUAAGAUGUCCUUAUUAUGGAUAUCCUAUCAGCAAACUAGAAUGGGAACAUAAAGGCAAGAAGGUCAUAAGCUCUGCCCUACCCCAACACUCAAGAUACAAACGCACAUACGCAACAACAUCUAACAACAGUAAGAAUACGAGAAGAAAACGUAAAAAACGACAACUUUUCGAAUCUGGAGCCGAUGGGGUGCUGAACAUACCAAGAGUUGUGAAGGAGGAGAAUGGAGAUACUUAUACUUGUAUUGUGUUUAGUCCUUCUGGAGAGAUGGCUAGGAGGUCAUUUGAAAUCCAAGUUGUAGAAGCACCGGAGUUAGAUGAGCUCCGCGUUGGAACUGGUCUGAAAGAAGGCCAGAUUGUUCAGAUAACUUGUAAUAUUGUUGGUGGAGAUCCACCUAUUUACUUCUCCUGGUUAAAGGAUGGGAAGAAACUGCCUCCUAGUUUGAAGGUGAGUACGAAAAUUUUGUACUUACUGCAUUAUAAGGUAAAACUGCAUAUUACGAUCAAAUGUUGUAAAACUCCUUAAAUACCACCCAAAACUUACUAUCAUUUGUCAAGAGUAACCAAAAACCGAUCUCCCACAGUGGCACCGAAAUGGAUAGAAGAGCCAACAAACACUUCACUACUGUUAGGACAGCGGGGGGUGGUGUACUGCAACGCUAACGGAUACCCCGCACCGCAGAUACACUGGAUGAAGAGGGAUGCAACCCUCGGCAUCUGGCGUCCAGUCCUCGACUUAGCAGGGGGAGGUAUUAUGAGCUACCCGAACGGUACCCUCAUCAUUGAAGUGGUAUCUCUCUCCGAUGAAGGGAUGUACGCGUGUAAUGUGGAGAAUGGAGUCGGCGAUGCCCUGAACAAAAAUUUGUGGAUCAGUGUUAAUAAGCCGGUGCACUUUGAAUCUGUCGGCGCUAAUCUGACAACCAAGAUGGGUCUGCCUGUGACCUUGACCUGCAGACCUUUGGGGGACAACCCUAUAAGGGUCAAGUGGUCCUUGGAUGGGAAACCUGUGGAUUUUACGUCGUCCAGGCUCACAAUAUCAGAGACGAUGACCCACAAUGGCCUAAACAGCGUGAUUAACAUCAACUACGUGGAGAGCAGAGACGGGGGCACGUACGAGUGUCGCGCCAGCAAUCCUUAUGGCGUAGCUGCUUAUAAUGUGCAUUUGGAUAUAUUGGAACCACCAACGCCACCUCUAGACUUACAAGUGGACUCAGUCAGCAGCAACUCCGUCAAGCUAUCCUGGAGAGACACCAUCAGUACUCAUGUGCAGUACUAUACGAUGCAGUAUACUACCAAUGACUUCAUGAUGUGGGAUACUGCUAAGAGUAUUAAUAUUACUAGACAAGAAAACGACGCACGUCAAAGUAUCGAGCUAAGGGAUCUGCAACCAGCAAUGGAUUACAGGGUGAGGAUCGCAUCUGGUAACCAGGUGGACCUCAGUCCUUACACGCAACCUGUACAUUUUAGCACGCAACAGGAAGCGCCAUCAUCAACACCACUAGGAGUACAAGUGCAACAAACAGACAACCCAGGAGAGCUCGUCAUAUCCUGGCUGCCGCCACCCAGAGAGAGUCACAACGGUCAGCUACAGGGAUACCAUGUGAAGGCGGUGCCGAGGAUUAGUGGAGAUCCAGUUCCCAACGAUACUCAAACAAAGAUGGUAAAAGUGAUGUCCAGAAAAGGCAAACAAGAAACUACGCUCAGUGGACUACUAAAAAACAUGAGAUACGCGGUGUCAGUGAGUGCUUUCAACUCUGCUGGCAAUGGACCAUUCUCUUUACCUGUAUAUCAAACGACAAGAGAAGGAGCUCCUGAAGUAGCCCCAUCAGGAGUGGAAUGUCGAGGAGUAUCAUCUUCCUCCCUGCGUGUCGCGUGGCAGCCCGUCACGGCACAGGGGACCUCACUGCUCGGGUACUCCGUGUAUUAUAGUACUGAGGACGGAACCUGGCAGAACAUAAGCUCGCCACACACGGAGUUAUAUCUACAAGCUCUGCUUAAGUACACCAACUACACAGUGAAGGUGACGGGCUUCUCUAACUAUGGACAGGGACCUUUCUCGUAUCCUAUUGUUUGCACUACAUUGCAAGAUGUGCCUGGCCCACCAUCAGCUAUAAAAGUGUUGGUAUCAUCGCCCACCUCCCUACUCGUCAGCUGGAAGCGACCGGAACAGGCUAAUGGAGAUAUAUCACAUUACACUGUGUAUGUGAAACCGGUUUCUAGCACCAGUUCACCACAAAGCUACAGAGUAGAAGCAACACAAGAGACAAGUCUGCGUCACCUCACGUUUCCUCUCUCAGGCCUGACUACUGGGCGACAGUAUGAAGUUUUUGUACGAGCUCACACUGCGGUGGGAGAAGGCACGCCUAGUAAUAGGGUGCAUAUUGAUUUGAGUUCUAAAGUGGUAGCCGGAGUAGCAUCAUUAGGAGGACCGAUGUCCGUAGGAGUUGGCAGCUCUCUACUACUUGUAUGUCAAUGUGUGGGCUCGCCACCACCCCGUACUGUGUGGUACCACAAGCACAACAUCAUUACACAUCAUCCGAGGUUCACGAGGAACCAUGAUGAUAGUCUGCUCAUUAAUAACAUAGACCAGUCUCUAAGCGGUAACUACACGUGCCUUGCCAAGAACCUGUACGGUUCUGACUCAGUAUCAUACGAGGUGUCGGUGCUACCGACUCCGGAGCCGCCGAGUCUUCGAGUGACGUCACAUAAGAAUGCUAUACAUCUGCAGUGGGAACUGCCAAGGAAGAUUGGGGGGAAGAGUCAGAAAAUCAGUUACAACCUAACCUGGAAAGAAGCUCACGGCUCCUGGCAAGACGCGUGGUCAAGCAAAGGCACCUCUCUACAAGGGACCCAGGAGUACACACUGCAGGGUCUCAAGUGUGGUACUAAGUAUUCCUUGAGGAUGACUGCGGCGAAUAGUGUGGGGUCCUCGCAGCCUACUUAUGUUGAUGCUACUACUUUGGGUGGAGUACCAAUAUCACCAACCAGUACCGAAUGGUUCUGGAGCAACGCGACACAUAUCUACAUACAGCUGAGCGGAUGGGAUGACAACGGCUGUGAGAUCACGAGGUUCGAUGUGGACUAUAAAGAGUACGGUGGAAAAACUUGGAGGAAAGCUGAGAAUAGAAUUCCGGCCCUAGACCAGAGCUGGAACCACUACGCGCCUCCCUCACUCCUGGCACAGCCCAACUCCUUCGUGCUGGCGGAACUGACCCCAGCUCACUGGUACCACAUCAGGGUCACUGCGGAGAACGCUGCAGGAGUGUCUACUUCUCUGUAUAGUUAUGCUACUACCACUGUUCAUGGAGAAUCAGUAGGACUACCAUCAGAGUUCUUCGACUUGAACAUGCUAGUCAUAAUCUGCAGUUCAAUACUGCUCAUGAUUUGCUCACUGACUUGCGUCUACAUACUCGUCAAGAGGCAUAACCACCAGCAUCUUACAGAGUACAGGAACUCAUUGACAGCGGAAUGCAAGUCGGAGCGAAGUAACGUCACGGUGAACACACCGCAGAGUGUGCCCACCGACAUGAACAAUAGAGUGUAUAGUACACCUGUACAUCUUACUGCUGACAAUAAACAUGAAUUGUACGAGAUAAGUCCAUACGCGCAGUUCGCGAUAGGAUUCCGAACGUUCGGGCACGUGGACAAUCAAGAAGUGCCGAACAAAGUUCACCUACCCGGUAACAGCAAGUCGAGAUAUGAUAGUGAAACAAGUUUUCAAAUGCGAUCCGAGUCUGAAGAAAGUGACUGCGUAUCGCGAACAACUACACUAAAAAGUGCACCGAGAAAAGCGUGCAGAAUACCACAUCAUAGGUAGCUGAGACAGUCAAAACUGGAACAUUAGUAAAAUAAUUUUACAAUGGUUGUGUUCAUAUCAACUCGUUUACUCAAUUUGUCACUAACGCGGAUUUCUAUAACCUAACUAUCCUUGGUUUUGCGAAAACAACCGUUAGA